AUGCCUCCCCGAAUUCCCGCUACUGCCACAGGCAGUAUCUUUAAUCUGACCAGUCUCCUUCAAAGUUUGCCCGCAACCACGCGGAAUCAAGCCCUUACAAAGUGCUCUGCCUGUCUCUUCUCAACCACAGCUCCUUUGGAAGCGAAGCGGACAAGGAAACGGAAAGUCAGGAAACAUAUCGAUCCAUAUCGGCUGGCACAGGCCCGGCAGCGCAAAUCGGCAAACUUGGCACGACAGAAAGUCCUGCAAGAAGAACGCGAGCUCGCCCUCGGUGACCCUGUCCGAUCACGACCGACACCGUUUGUCAACUCUCUGCAGGCAAAUGCUCCCAUCUCGACGAUCAAAGAGUCCUACCUGAACUACUUCCUCAAACCUGAAGAUGUGCAAAAAUCUUUGGAAUAUUCCAAAUGGCUCAGUGAACCUCUUCCCGAAUCCAACCCUAUUGUGGGUGCUGAGGCGAGGUUUGCUGAAAGGGUCAAGGAGCAUGUCGCUUCCCACGAGAAUGCCUCCAAGGCUCUGCUGGCUAUUGCCUCGCUAGAUAAUGCGAAUAGCAAGGAUCGCACACGCAUCAACGUCCAAAGAUGCAUUGAAGAGUUUGGGCGUCACAACACCGAUGGAGUUCUUGCGCCAGGACUUCAGAGCAAGCAGAAUAUCCUCAAGGAAGGCGAAGGCACUGCUGCAAGUGCAGUCAUUGUCCCGAAACGGGUCGGCACAGAUACAGGGUCUCCCGAAGUGCAAAUUGCGAUCCUCACGGCAAAGAUAAACGUCCUCGCGAACAACCUGCACAAAAAGGAUAAGAGCAAUAAGAGGCGAUUGAGGAUGAUGGUGCACAAGAGACAAAAGUUGAUGGCCUACCUAAGAAGGCAAGACCGAGGCGGGCCAAGGUGGCAGAAUGUUGUUGAGAAACUUGGGCUCAACGACGCCAUGUGGAAAGGAGAGAUCAGCUUGUAA